CAGACGUGUCUUGCCGCGCUUCCAAAGUUAAUACUCGCGAGUUCGCUCGUCCCUUUCUUCUGAGAUACCCCAGCUGUUCCUACAUUAUCUAGUUUAUUUACUCAUAAAUGUUUUCACUACUUAUUUUUAAUUAAAUUAAAAAUGUGUUCAUUACAUUCUCGUAUUUUUUAUAUUGUGACUUGAAAAUGUGAAGUGCAAAGUUUUCUUUCUUUCGAUUUGAAAGGCUAAUUAUUAUUAUUUUUCCAAAUAAUAUGUGAACAUUUUUUAUAAUUUGUUUUGAUAAAGGAAAUAAUAAUGUGAAAAAAUAUGGCCUAUAGAUUUUGGUAAUAUUGACGGUUUUAGUGAUUGCACUUUGCGACAGAGACGCAUUAUGUUAGUAAAAGGCUAGUGUUUUGUGUGUGAGAGAGAAAGAUGUCGCAGCCUAUGAAGCGUUCGCUGAGCUCGGAGGGGGGCGCCUCCAAGCGUGACUGGAAAUUGAGGCUCAGCCUUCGGAGCCGUAGCGGUCACAGCGUGGAAGCGCUGCGCGGGCGACGGUGUGCGUCGCUUCGGUCGGCUGCUACGUCGCUACGCGCUGACGAUUCAGGUUGUAGCACGCCAUCUGCUCCGCACCGCUCCGCCUCCCCAGCCGAUACCCCCGCACCAAAGAAGUCUAACUGGGAGGUCAUCGAGCAUUUUUCCUCCAAUCGGACCAAGAAAAGCCCUACUUCAGUGGAAACUGAAGGCGGUGCCGUCUCUUCAUCCCCAGCGCUCCCACUUUGUCCGGCGGGGAAACCGGAUGUUGACGCACAACCAUUGCUCUGUGAAGAAACACGCAACGAGCAGGGAGGAGGAGCAGGCGGCACCAACGAUGACGAUGAAGAAGAUGAAGACGACUGUUGGCAUCAGUGCCUCGAGGGCUGUCCUCCGCCCUUGCGUGCUGUAUGCGAGACACACAGAUUUGAAAACUUACACGUCGAAAUGCUUUACCAGCGCUAUUUUUUGCGCAUGAAUCAAACGAAUAUGACUCACCUACUCGGACUAUUGCUGUUGGUCGCCGUUGGGCUGAUCUCCGUACAGAUUAAGACACUUUUGUUGGCACAUAAUUACCUUAGCAGUCUUCUAUCGCCAAACAAUUUACUACCGAACUUGGAAUCUUACAGAUUGCCGUCGUUUUCGACAAUGAGCUACUACGAACUCUCGGAAGUAAACUCGACCAGAUUCAAACGAACCUACUACGAAAAGGAGCGUGUGGCUCACAUUAUUAAUACAAUCACCCUCGGAAUUGUCUCGCUUGUUUAUACAUGUUUGUUGGCUUGCUUAAGCCGACCUGCUAUAAACGAGAUUUACCUUUUGACGAUAUCCUAUGUCGUUCUCGUCACAUUUCUGCUGAUCGAGUUCGCGUUUGCUGGAACUUCAGUCUUAAGAGCCUUGGACUUGAGCUGCGGCACUUGUGCCUUGUUCACAUAUGUGACGUAUGCGACCUUACCGGUUAGACUACACGAGGCAACGGUGGGUGGCCUUGCACUCGCCGCUGUCAAUAUUGGAGCACAGAUUAUAAUGAACAAGGCAUCGGACGUACAGAUUUUCUGCAGUGUCAUUACUUUAAUCGCCUGCAACGUAGCUGGCAUCAUGACCCACCAUCCUCGAGAGCUCGCACAGCGCCGCGCUUUCUUGGAGACCAGGGAUUGCGUUGAAGCGCGCCUCGUAACACAGAGAGAAAAUCAACAACAGGAACGAUUACUGCUCUCUGUUUUACCACGCCACGUUGCUAUGGAGAUGAAAGCGGACAUUGCCAACCAGCCGCGUCAGGAGCAAUUUCACAAAAUCUAUAUUCAAAGAUACGAGAAUGUGAGCAUCCUGUUCGCGGACAUCUGUGGUUUCACCUCUCUUUCGGACCAGUGCACUGCUGAGGAACUCGUACGCCUACUGAAUGAACUAUUUGCAAGAUUUGAUCGUCUUGCGGCUGAACAUCAUUGUCUGCGCAUCAAGCUUUUGGGCGACUGCUAUUACUGCGUGUCUGGCCUACCGGAAGCCCGCGACGACCAUGCCAAGUGCUGCGUUGAGAUGGGACUCGACAUGAUUGAUGCGAUUGCUCUGGUCCGUGAGGUGAUGGCAGUGAAUGUAAACAUGCGCGUGGGCAUCCACACCGGGCGAGUUCACUGCGUUGUCCUCGGCCUACGCAAGUGGCAGUUCGAUGUAUGGUCCAAUGAUGUUACCCUCGCCAACUACAUGGAGAGCGGCGGAGUGGCUGGACGAGUACACAUUACAAAGGAGACCCUGCGAUGCCUUGGCGAUGAUUACAAAGUUGAACCCGGAUAUGGUGGUCUGCGUAAUGUAUACCUGAAGGAUCAUAAUAUUGAGACCUAUCUAAUCUUACCAGAUGACACCAGCCGAGUAGACAAGAAACCACAAAAUUCAUUCUCGCUAAAUGGAAAUGUAUCAAAGGAAAUGCGCGUUAUGGGACACGGAUCACAGCAUGGGAAACACUCCUCCAAGAUCGGUGUGGAUGCGAACAAUGAGAAUAAGAAACCUGAGGAUGAGGUGAACGAGUACUUAAUGAAGGCGAUUGAUGCUCGCUCCAUUGACCGUCUCCGCGCAGAGCAUUGCCAGCCAUUCACGCUGACCUUCCGCGACAAUAAGCUGGAACGCAAGUACACCGCUGAGAGGGACAGGAUGCUGAAUGUGUAUUUCAUCUGCUCCAUGAUUGUGUUCUUCGCCGUGGCUUUUGUUCAGCUGCUCGUUUUCGAAAUCAACGCGGUAGUCAUCGCCACGAUCAUUGUUUCUGGAAUUAUCAUCUUCAGCUUCACGUAUUUGGUGCUCAGCAUUAACUUUGAGCGCGUGAGCCCACGAGUAAAACGGCUGGCGAUGAGUGUACACAACAACCGCACACUUGCGCAACUGCUGUCGUUCAUUGCGGUGGGAGCUGUCGUCCUGCAGAUCAAGAUAAUUAUGGGAAUCUACAUGAUCUCACCGCGAACAACCCCAACAUCGGAUGACGGAACUGCGUAUUGCCCACAUGACAUCAAUGAGCACUAUCUCCAACUGACGCUGAUGGUGAUGUUCCUGUGCGCGGUGCACCAGAUCCUCAUUACGAUGAUAAAGACAUUGGUUCUGUUCGUAAUCAGUGCCACGUAUAUUGCCGUAACGGUACAGAAGCAUCUCUACUACCAGGAACACUUCUCCAAUUAUCAGCACAAAUGCGAUGUGGACUGGAACCAGCACUGGACGAACGUCGUGGUAGCUCUCGGUGCGUUGGUGGCGCUGAUGUUGCACUCACAGCAGACGGAAAGCACAUACCGCCUUGACUUCAUCUGGAAACUACAGGCUAAUGAUGAGAAGGAGGACAUGGAACACCUCGAGGCGUACAAUAGAAAACUACUCGCCAACAUCUUGCCAGAACACGUUGCGCAACACUUCCUCUGCAGCGACAAGAACAUUGAUGAACUAUAUCACGAACAAUGCGAGUCAGUGUGUGUAAUGUUCGCAUCGAUUCCGAACUUCUCCGAGUUCUACGUAGAGCUGGAGGGAAAUAACGAGGGUGUAGAAUGUCUCCGACUCCUGAAUGAGAUCAUUGCUGACUUCGACGAGAUCUUAGCCGAAGACCAGUUCAAGUACAUUGAGAAGAUUAAGAGCACGGGAGCGACAUACAUGGCUGCAUCUGGACUAACAGUGGCUACCAGGGAUCUUAGAGGAUUCCGCCACGUUACCGCGAUGGCGGACUACGCACUGCGCCUGCGCGAGCAACUGCAAUAUGUCAAUGAACAUUCAUUCAACAGCUUCCGAAUCAGAAUUGGAAUCAACAUUGGACCUGUCGUGGCUGGUGUGAUCGGUGCCCGCAAGCCACAGUAUGACAUUUGGGGCAAUGCAGUUAACGUUGCGUCCCGAAUGGACUCCACUGGCCUGCUCGACCACAUCCAGGUGACGCAAGAAGUGUAUGACAUUUUGGCAACUCGCGGCUACCGGCUCCAUUGCCGCGGCACUAUUGACGUCAAGGGCAAGGGCAACAUGGUAACAUUCUUCCUGGAUGGGAUUGGUGAGACGCCACAAGUGGGGAUAACGGACAUUUAUGCUAACCCAACGCCAUCGACGUCUGGUGCUGGAAGUGAUGUCAGCGCUGACCGCGACGGUAUUGACGAGCGACGCCACGAGCACCGACCUCUCGAGACACUCUCCGAGGGGCAUACCGAUGAAGAUGGUGGACCCUCUCCACGAGCGUCAAUUCCGAAGGAAAGUCUAAACGGUUCAAUGAGCCCAAAGCUCUUGAAUGGCGAGUCAACCUCCCGCGAGAGCCUUGCGAGUGCCGUCCGAGCGCGUGUCCUUCGUUGCCUCGAGCGCCCGCACUCCCUGGCCGAGUCAUCGACUCUCCCCGCCGUCGUUUCCCUCAUCGCCUCCAAGGCACACUCCGUAAACUUCGAGGGCAUCUCCUACUACACUCAAGAUGAGACGAAGAAGCAAUCUCUCGAAAUCGUUAAGCCAGUAGUGGAAUCCAGAAGUAGCGGAGAUAUUGAAACGCUUCUCCAGGAGAGCGGACCACGACGAGCUGCCAGCCUAGCUGACUUCCUGUUCCGAAAGAAACAGCCUAGAUCAACUGCCGCUGCUGUUAAUAUUAUUGAGAAUCCAAUGAAUGUAUUGUAAGCGACUUAUGAAAUUGGUCUCCUACACGAUUGUGACUAAACCCGGAUAUGACGUACAUAUACCCAACUUAAACUCUUUGAGACCGCCUCCCUCGACUAUUUGUAAACGGUAAAUGCUAAAAUGGUGGUAGUCUCUAACUGGAAUUGACAUAACUCCCGGAUUCGACUCAAUAGCCUCGGCUUAACCUUAACCCAUAUCAAGACUGACUUCGGUAACUGACAUUAACGUCUACGACGUCGUCACGGGUCGUCUUCUCGUUUCGGCGUCAUUUUACGAAUUUAUGAUAUUAAUGCGGUUUGGUUUUAAUCAUGGUUGUGAUUAAGUAUGCGUACGACGCGGGAUUAUAACUUUAAUGUUGGAACAUCCGCAAAUAUACUGUCAAUUGAUAUAUUCCACACAUUGUUGAAUGUAUUCACAAUGUGGGCUUUUAACGAGCAAGUAAUGAUAGGAUUUGUAAUGGGUAGAUAGGAUGGUUUUAAGAUAAUGAAACGGAGAAUGUGAUUGUUAUUAAUUUAGUAGUACGUAAUAAUUAGAUACGUUGCUAUUGUGCUAUUUCAAAUAUUUCAAUAUUAUCUAAUAAUUUGCGUUUUUUGUGUUUUAAUAUAAAAUGCAAGACCUUUACAAAAACUUCGCAGUUUGCAGAAAGUCUGUUUUUGCGCUGACUUCAGAUAAUUUUGUGAAAUAAUAAAUUCAAUAAAUGAAAAGGAUAUUAGCCGAUUUAAAAUUAAUACACGAAUUUCAAAUUUACAAUAAUGUGCUAAAUCUAAAAGAAACAAACAAACAUCAGAUAUAUUGUAUUAUUUUCGUUCAUUUUACUUUUAGGAAAAAUUCAAUAAUUGAUAAUGACUCGCGUAUCUUGCGAUUAAAGCUGCAUCGUACAUCCUGAGUUAUAUAAGCUUAAAAUUAUAAUAUAUCUGUGCUUGUAUAUUGUUGCAUAGCAGAGCAGAGCUUUUAUACCAAUACCCUAUGUCAAAUGAGCUUAUUUUAAAUAAUUCAAAGUAGCAGCUUUUAGUAGAAACAAAAAAACAAUAGGAAAAAAAUACCAAAAAAAAUAACCAAAUAAAUGUCUAUCUACAUAUUUUAGCAGUUAAAUAAUUAAUUAGGAUAUAUCUAUGAGUACGGUCUAACUUACGGCUCCUGUCACGUUUGUUAUAUUAUUUACUUGUUAAGAUCAAGGAGGAAUUAAUUUCGUUUAAAAUUCACCGACGCUGAAGCGCAAUUUCUGAGACAUCAACCAUUACGUACACUUGUUGCACUCCGGUGUAGCUACUACGGCUAAUGUAGACGGAUAGAUAUCCGGUCGAUUUUAAUGAAUUGCUCUUCGUUGUAAAUUAAAACUGGUUGGUGAUUUUUUGUUUUUUUUUUUUUUACUCCAUUUCGAUAACUUAAAAUGCAUUUGUAUGGCGUAAAAACUUUACAAAUAACCGACAUUUAUAAUUAUAUUUAAUUUGAAUGUGCUAUUUUCUCCGACCUCUGCAUCACGGAUCAAUCUCAACAUUAGAUAAGAAAGACUUGAGUAUAUUUGCUUAUUUAUAAUUUUGUAAAUAGUAUUUUUCUUAAGAAUAGGAAUAAGAUGUUUAUUAAAUAGCGUGAUAUUAUAACCGCUGAUUUGAUUCCUACAUUCAGAUAAGAACUUGCUGUAGUUAUUUUAAUUAUA